GCCAAUUUAGAUUUUGCUGCAGGGGAAGCCCAUACUAGUAAAACUAAAACUCUUUGCCAAAGGUGUCUUUGGAAAAAUUGGGAAGCUAUCCACAAAAUUCAUCAGUAAGACCCCAAAACAUUGAUCCUGGGACCUUCCAGGAAACCAUUUUCUCUGGUCUGGGAGGGUUUGUAGCUAUUAUCAAUAUAAUACUGUUAAAAGUAUCUACCCAGCACUAGAGACAUGUUGGUAUAGUCUGGGGUCCCACUACUGAGGGUGCAUACAUAAAUAUACUUGAUAUUCACAAGGGAACCCACCUCCUCUGAAAAUAAGAUUUAAUAAGCCCUAGGCUGCUGUUUGGAAAUCUGAGGCUGCUGCAGAAGGUGCCAGACACCUAUGGCAAAGAUGGGUCCUAUGCUGCACCUCACACUGAGUCUGUGCUGGCUUGGGAUCAUUCAAGCUAUUGAUUCAGAAGUCUGUGGAGAACCACCGUUAGUCCAUACACCUGGAUCUCGAAUUGUGGGCGGCCGUAAUGCGCUUCCAGGAGCCUGGCCAUGGCAGGUUAGCCUUCAGUAUUUCAGGACACUUUCUGGCUAUAGCCAUAGAUGUGGCGGAUCACUUAUUCAAAAUAACUGGGUGCUGAGUGCAGCCCAUUGCUUCCGUGCAAACCGGAAUCCUGAGUAUUGGAGAGCUGUUCUGGGUCUUCAUAAUAUAUUCAUGGAAGGCAGUCCAGUUGUGAAAGCUAAAAUCAAACAGAUAAUAAUCCAUGCAAGCUAUGAUCAUAUUGCUAUAACAAAUGACAUUGCUCUGCUGCUCCUGCAUGACUUUGUCACGUACAGCGACUAUAUUCAUCCAGUUUGCUUGGGAAGUGUAACAGUACCAGACUCAUUGACUGCCUGCUUCAUAACUGGAUGGGGAGUCACAAAAGAAAAAGGCUCAAUAUCAGUGAUUUUACAAGAAGCACUCGUACAAACCAUUCCUUAUUCUGAGUGUAACUCAUCCUCAUCAUAUAAUGGAUUCAUUACUCAGAGUAUGAUUUGUGCUGGAGAUAACAGUGGAGCUGUGGAUUCAUGCCAGGGGGAUAGCGGAGGACCCUUUGUUUGUUAUAACACAGAAAGGAUGAGAUUUUACCAAAUGGGCAUAACCAGCUUUGGAUAUGGCUGCGGGAAACCAAAUUUCCCUGGAGUAUACACCAAAGUGGAGAGCUAUGUGAGCUGGAUAAAGGCCCAUAUGGCGUAUGAGAAGACAAGCAACACAGAAUGGAGCCCUGAACGCCAAAACAAAGCUGCGGAUAGAAGCACAAGCAUUCUGUACCUGCCUGUUACACUGAUAUGGUUAAUGUGCAUUACUUCAUGCCUUACUAGCCAAUAAGGGCUUAUCUUCAUUACUGUGUGUAUAACUCAAAUACUGUUUAAUCGUUAACUUUGCCUUAUAGAUGCUUUAUUUACAUGUCUCAGCACGAGAGCACAAAUACUGCAAAUCCUUAUCUCCUCUUUAGUGUCCCUUUAGCAGUAGCCAUUGCCACAAUUUUCUUCACCCGUUUGUAUUAUAUUAAAUACAAAAUAUAUACUGUAUUUUAUUAUUUAAAAAUUAUUUACAUACAAAAGUACCAUAUACAGGCAGAUUUCCAUUGACUCCAAGCCAAAGCCAUCUUAAGCCUAAAAUCAACUGUCAUUUCAAAUGUACUUUGCCCCUAUUAACAGCUGAGUAAAUACUAUUGUUGAUCUUUUCAAAGGUUUACUAAAUGUUUCCUUCUGGAUUUAUAAAUGGUUAUAUUGUAUAUUCAUGGAAUGUAUAUAUGAAAAAAAUGACAGCAAACUUCAGUGAUUCCUUUUUGUGACUGUAUAAAGAUGGAAGUAAAACUGUUAUUUAGUGUACGUGCAUGGUAGGUUCACUAUUUUGUCAUUGUGCCAAACAAUUCUUAUGUCAAACAAAUUGCUUGCCUACACCUCACUUUGGUCAAAAUAAAAAAGACAAUAAUUCUGUAAA